AUGGAGACGAGUACAGAAUUUUUAAAAAGACUUCAAGAGAUAAGUGUAAAUACAUUCCCACCCGAUUUUCCCUUCAACUUAUCAAUACCAUCAUCAAUUGCUUUUUACUUUUCCCAAUGCGUGACUCUUUUCUUCCUUUUUAGAUUUCGCAAAUCAAAUACACCAAAAAAUACCAACACUCAAGUAUCGAGCCCAUUUUGCAAAUUGUUUGAAAUGUGUUUAUUCAUUUCCACCAAUGCUGCAUCUGUUUUCAUUACCUUAUCCGAUGAGAACGCACCCCCUUACUUCACUAUUGAUUUGAAGUAUUUCCUUGUUAUUGAAAUCAUAAUCAUAUAUGGAUUAUUUGUUGCGGACAUUGUUACGGCGAAGCUACAGCAACAAGAGCAAAUACGAGAAGAGGAAAUUCCAAGUCGAGUGGCUUCAAAAGAUGCAUCUUGGGUGAAAUACCUAUCAAAUCUCAAUAAUGAUUUCUUAAAAAUAAUAAUUAGUUACAACUUGAUCAUCAUAAAUUAUCUUCAAGUGAAUACGAUUUUCAAGUUGGUGGAAUUUGGGAUAAAAAUAUAUUGCAUUUUCAUUAUGUUACGAUAUGAAUUUGAAAGUGGAGAUGAAGAUGAAGAUGAAGAAGAAUGUGACGUUUGUCAAAAGGUUUAA